UGACAGCCUUAUCGGUACGCACCUAACUUCAUAACCAAAGUGAAAACGUAGAAGACGAAUUUAAUUUUUUUUUUUUGACCAUCAUUUUGCGAGAAAAUUAGUUCUCAUUAAACUGUUAAUCAUCUUAAUGGGCAGUCAGUGGUGAUAGAAACUAAUUAACAAAUGUAGUUGGACAAAUAUCUGAACGAAAAUUCUGAAAAGUGCUUAGCUAUUCACUUUUUAUCUAAAGUAAAUAAAGAAACGGGAGCAACAGAGACAGAACGAACGAAGAACAUAUUCUUUUUGUUCAAUUCUGCUAAUCAAAAUAAUUGUGAAGAAAAACAACUUUCUGCAAUGUCGGACAAAAUGUUCGGAGUGCCCAGAGGUCAGCCGGAAGCACCUGGACAGCCUGGCCAGCAACCGAUUGUCAAAAUCGGCCACUAUUUACUGGGCAAUACGUUGGGCAUUGGAACGUUUGGAAAAGUAAAAAUUGGAGAGCAUCAGCUUACGAAGCAUAAAGUGGCAGUGAAAAUAUUGAAUCGACAAAAAAUCAAGAGCUUGGAUGUGGUUGGUAAAAUUCGACGUGAAAUUCAAAAUUUGAAAUUGUUUCGUCAUCCGCACAUCAUUAAGUUGUACCAGGUUAUCAGUACGCCCACUGACAUCUUCAUGAUCAUGGAAUACGUCAGUGGCGGCGAGUUAUUCGACUACAUCGUAAAACAUGGAAAGCUGCAGGAGCACGAGGCUCGACGCUUCUUCCAACAGAUUAUAUCCGGUGUGGAUUAUUGUCAUCGGCACAUGAUCGUCCACAGAGAUUUGAAACCGGAAAAUCUUCUGCUGGACCAUAAUAUGCACGUGAAAAUUGCCGACUUUGGCCUCUCCAACAUGAUGUUGGACGGUGAAUUUUUGCGCACGUCAUGUGGUUCGCCGAAUUAUGCUGCACCGGAAGUGAUUUCGGGAAAAUUGUAUGCUGGUCCGGAGGUGGACAUUUGGUCUUGUGGUGUCAUAUUGUACGCUUUGCUGUGUGGAACGCUUCCAUUUGAUGACGAGCACGUUCCGACGUUAUUUAGGAAAAUAAAAACUGGAAUCUUCCCGAUUCCUGAGUAUUUGAACAAAACGGUGACAAGUCUGCUGUGCCAGAUGCUGCAGGUGGAUCCAUUGAAAAGGGCCACAAUUGAAGAAAUCAAAAAGCACGAAUGGUUCCAAAAGGAAUUGCCGUCGUACCUGUUUCCAUCCUCAGUUGAAAAUGAUAGCAAUGUCAUUGAUACGUACGCUGUAAGCGAAGUUUGCGACAAAUUCGGUGUAAAAGAAUUCGAAGUGCACAAUGCCCUGCUGAGCGGUGAUCCACACGAUCAAUUGGCUAUCGCAUACCAUUUAAUCAUCGACAAUAAGAGAUUCGCUGACGAAGCAGCCAAAGCUGAAAUCAAAGAUUUUUACGUUGCUGCAAGUCCACCGCCAGUUGCCUUCAGUCCAAAUGAACCGUCGUUUCGUCCACAUCCCGAACGCAUUGCCCCAUUACGUGAACGCGGUGCAUCAUCGGCAGCAAAUUCAUUUCAGGGCACCGAAAACAAGCGUGGCACACCGGUCAAGCGUGCCAAAUGGCAUUUGGGCAUUCGUUCACAGAGUAAACCGAACGACAUUAUGCUAGAGGUCUAUCGUGCCAUGAAGGCUUUGGAUUACGAGUGGAAGAUAAUCAAUCCGUAUCAUGUUCGCGUACGUCGUGUGACCAAAAUCGAAGGCACGCCAGAUAUGAAAAUGUCGUUGCAAUUGUAUCAGGUGGACUCAAAGAGUUACUUGCUGGAUUUCAAAUCGUUAACGAAUGAAGAAGUUGAACAAGGCGAUGAUGUGAUUAUGGAUAGUUUAACGCCACCGCAUCCAAUGGGUACGCCGUCGAUGCAUCAUCAACCAACCGGACACCAUACUAUGGAAUUUUUCGAAAUGUGCGCCGCAUUAAUUAUUCAAUUAGCUCGAUAGAUUUGUUCCGAUUUUUUUUUUAAGUUUUAUGUUCAGUAUAGGAUUGAGGCGGAGUGAAGUGAGCGUAGUGUUUGAGUAUUUUUUUUUUGUUUGUUUUUUUUUUAAUUUAAGAAGUGAGCAUAGCUGCGAAAGAGAGAGAAACAGACGAUGAUUAUAUAUUUUGUUAAAAAUUCAAUAAAAAUUCAAAUUCAGAGU